CAACCAUAAACACAAAAAAAUAUGGCUGUCGAUUGAUGGCUCCAUUGUCUCGUAGACGCUACCAAGACAGCAAAAGUUGAUUUGCAUUGUACUGUCACUGAAACGAGCUGUCUUACUCCUUCUGUCAGGAUUUUAAUCGCAUUUUUGGGAGUUUAAGUUUGAAAUAAUAAAAUGAGCGGAUGGGCUGGGUUUUCGGAAGAGGAACUGCGGAGAAUGCAGCAAAAAGAACGUCGUCGUUACAGACUCUGUGAUAGCAAGUAAGAGCAAACUACGACCGCCCAGCCGGAAUCGGCAACAACUACAAAGAAAGAAGACAUUGGAGAGAGCCUCUCAGGCAUGCGCUGGUUUCGUGUCUCUUGAACUUCCACCCGAGCAGCAGCUCAAGAAGAUGCCAUCGAAGGGUGAGCGUGAUCUUGAGCACAUUGCACCAGGAAGUCCGUCAGAGAAAAGCAAUACGCAUCAGACUCUAAUCGAGGAAAAGACGCAAGACAACUGUAAAGAAGCAGCAAAGAAGCGAACUCCGGUCGUCAAGGAGCUUGAGAAACAAGAGGUUGAACUUCGAGAGAAGAAUCGCCUGGAGCAACUGCAACGGGAACAAAAGAUUAUAGAAGAAAGGAAUAAGCGCAAGAAGGCUCUGCUUGCAAAAACUAUAGCUGAAAAGUCUAAGCAAACUCAAGCUGAAGCUGUGAAGCUGAACAGAAUCCAGAAUGAGCUGCAAGCCCUUGAUGAGAUGGUUUCCAGUGACAUCGGCAUUCUCAGAGGAAAGAUCGAACAAGCUAGCUGGGACUACACAGCUGCCAGAAAGCGGUAUGACAAGGCAGAGACGGAGUAUGUCGUGGCCAAGUUAGAACUCCAGAAGAAAACAGACAUGAAGGAGCAGCUGACAGAACACCUUUGUGCUAUCAUCCAACAAAAUGAGCUACGCAAAGCCCUCAAGCUGGAAGAACUGAUGCAGCAAUUGCAGCUUGAGGCCACUGAGGAGGAGCUCGGAAGGCAGAACGUUGAAGACGACAAUGUGAGGAGCUUUGAAUUGCAAGGACGUGUGAAAGAGCAGCAUGGUGUCUCAGAGAGUCAGGAGGCAACAGUGCAAUCGACAUGCACAGAGGAGGAAAGUCAGAAGAAGGACGAUGGCCUCCAGCUGGAGCACCAAUUGAGUGAUGAAGUCCAGCCUGGGCAAAAUUGUAAAGCGGAAGUAAAAAAGUGUUGCCAGGAUGAACCGUUGGCUCAGACAUGAGACAUUGUCCAUUCCUCAAAGAGGGAGUCAUAAACACUACAGCAUUGUAUAAUUUUCAGAUUAUAUUUACAUAUUCAGGGUGUCACGGUGGGCAACUGCUGAGCACAUCCGCCUCACAGUGCGGAGGUGUGCAGGAUUCGAUUCUGGCUCCAGCCUUCCUGUGUGGAGUCGGCAUGUUCUUCCCGUGCC